AUGGAUUUAGAUACUGCGCGAAAACGAAUCGCAUCGGAGCAGUUGAUAAAGUUAGAUGAAACAGUAACAGUCAAUGCUACUGCUGUGAAAUUAAGCUGGAAACGUCGAAAAACUGAGCCAUUAGUGGAAGGUUAUUAUAUUAAAUGGAGAGCCGUUCCAGUGACAGUUGGUCAGAAACAAUCUGGUGUUAGCAGUACUGAUAGCCACUGGGUGAAUAUUUCUAAACCAAACAUCGACACUUACGUUGUAAAUGGCUUGCGUCCUUUUACUAAUUACGAAUUUUUUGUGAUUCCGUAUCAUAAAACUGUUCAAGGAAUGCCUAGUAACUCAUUAAAUGGGGCGACUAGUGAAGCUCCUCCAACUUCACCUCCAACAGACGUACGUAUUCGAAUGAUGAACUUAACGACACUUAGAAUUUCAUGGCGUCCUCCACCAGCAAACGGAAUAAAUGGAGUACUGAAAGGUUUCCAGAUCAUUGUUCUGGGUAGUGGAGCUAAAUAUAACCGGAACAUCACAACAAACGAGCGAGCAGCAAGUGUCACAUUGUUUCAUUUGAUACCGGAAAUGACAUAUGGAGUAAAAGUUGCGGCACGAAGUAACGCUGGUGUGGGAGUUUAUCAUGGUCUUGAAGCCGUCACUAUGAAUGAAGCCACACUGCGUGAGCAUAUCCAGUUGAUGAGUGGAAUUUCGUCUCGAGAUCGUUUGUUGCACAUUAUUAAGAGGCCUUGGUUCAUUGCUACUGUGGGCGUGUUGAUUUGGAUCACUUUCAUUGCCUUAAUUACUUUUAUGUGGUGGAGGUGGCGAAAAUCGAAGGGUAAAGCUGCUACUCGGUUAGGUAUGCCAUUUAUCAAAAUCAAUGAUGGCAGUGUUCAUCUAACAACGCGAGAUGCGCUAUGGAUGGAUCAUCCUAACUUCAACUCAGCUCAGCAUUCUCUACUGAACAGUACAGUAAAUGGAACACAGUGCAAUGGUCCACCAAUUUAUACGCAAACUCCUCAUCAGACAGAUUUUUUUAUGGACAAUCAGAUGUUGCACCGUGAUACAUCCACGCACAUGUUAGGCACAAUAGAUCGAACUCAAUCACCUAAUCAUUAUCACUAUGCUGCACUUACUGCAGGUGGCGGUGCUUCCAGUUUGUCAACAUUUUAUGGCGGUCAUCAAGUUUUGGAUGAUCCUUCCCCAUAUGCUACGACAACUUUAGUGAUGAAUAAUAGGCAGAGAUGGUUAAAAGAUCAUAUGCUUCGAGCUCCGAUGCCCCCGUCAAAUCCGGUUCCUGCUGGUCCUCCUCCACGUUUCAAGGAGAGUGGAAGACAUAAUACGUUGGGCGGACGAUGCUCACCAUUUGUUGAUGCCAAAGUACGCACUUUUGGGCAUCAUUCUGGUAGUCCUCCUCAUACUGAUGUUUCUUAUGUACAGUCUUCUGAUGGUACUGGAGGGAGUUCAAAUGGACGAAACAAAAGAAAUACCACGAAUGGGAGACGAAGCCCUCCAAAGCAAACAUUACUUGAUAUGAUACCACCGCCUCCGCCUAAUGCUCCCCCAUCACAUGUUCAGCAAAAUAUGCAUUCAAAAGAAGUGAUAAAUUCAUUGGGCAAUCAUGUUAUGGAUGUUCAUGAGCAUUAUGAUGCUGUCUCCGAUGCGCUUUUAUUUGAGAAUGGCCCGAGACAUGGACAUGAGAAGUCUGUUGCAAAUAAUAGACCCAGUAGUCGAAAUAGAAUAACUCAUCGAAAUGCUGCAGUAAGUAAUUGUGGUCGAGGUCAAGAAGAUGAUGAUAGUCAGAGGUCUUCAUUAAUGAAUGACAACAGUCACUCAGUAUUUUGUACGUCGUCGGAAGCAGAUGAAGAAAAUUCAGAGGAAGAACAUGUUUGCAGAUCUCCAAAUCGUAUUGAUCGUUCUCAAAGCCCAGAAUACGCCAGUAAUCGACCUUCCCAACCGUGUAUGGGCGUUAGUGCUUCGGCACUUACUCAAAGUUCAUAUGAUGGAGCAUCAGCAGUACGUUCGUCCAGUCGCUUGAAAUCGAUGCCUCGAAAUUGUAAAAAAGAUCUAGUCUAG